AUGUCUUCCCACGAGGUGUGUCCCCCCACGUCCUGCGGCCCCACCCCACUGGCCAACAGCUGCACCGAGCCCUGUGUCCGGCAGUGCCAGGACUCCACUUACGUGAUCCAACCCUCUCCCGUGGUGGUCACCCUGCCCGGACCCAUCCUCAGCUCCUUCCCGCAGAACACCGCCGUGGGAUCCUCCACCUCCGCCGCCCUGGGCAGCACCCUCAGCUCCGAGGGGGUCCCCAUCAACUCUGGCAGCUCCUCCUCGGGAUUUGGGGGGUUGUUUGGGGGAUUUGGGUACAGCCGGCCCUCCCGCCGCUAUGGAUCCCGCUUUGGGGAGCCGUGCUGA